AUCCGAGGCAUGGGAACUGACUCGAGCUCUCCAGCGAUCGCUGGGCAAGCAACCUAUCACCUACAUAACUAGACAGAAGUCAUCUAGUUAUUACUGCCGACGGAAAACAGUUGAAUUUUCGCGUGAGUUUUGCGCUGCCGUCGGGAACACUUGCGAAGUUAUCAGGGGGAAGGCGAAACCCUGAUCUCCGUCCUGCCGCAAUCCGGCGGGUGUUAAGAUCCAUGGAAGUGGCCGGUUUUUACGAGGGGGACUACCUCGCUUUCCACAGCACUAACGCCAGCAGCAGUCCGGUCAACGACGGCAUUUGCAAGCAGCCUACGAACGGCUCCAUGACGAAGCUUCAUGACAUUUCUGAGCACGAGAAAGCCAUAGACUUCAGCAUCUACUUGGACUCGCCCCAGUACCAGCAUCUGGCCAGCCAAGACGAAACCCGGCACCGCGCUCUGGGAAUCUACAGCGACUAUCUCUCCGAGGAAAACAAGACGAAGAGAGCGGUGUUACAGAACUACAAGAACUACAUCUCGCUGACGGAGCGGGACUCGAACCAGCUGGCGUACCCGGAGCUACAGGAGACGCGCAUAGACGCGGUGUUCAGCCCGGACUUUCUGGGCAGCUUUGCCAAAACUAACUGGCGACACGAAGAGCCGCCAAUGGAUGGUUCCGGGGGCUUUGACAUGCGCUCGUACCUGCAGUACCAGAACGCUCCCAGCGGCAGCCUGGGAAACAUUUCCACCGCGUCCUCCUCCUGCUCGAGCCCGCCAGGUACACCUGCGCCGCCAGGUAAGGGAAGAUCACCUCAGUCUGGCGGCAAAAUGGCCUCUGGCGGCAAAGGGAAGAAGAGGCUGGAGAAGGACAGCGAAGAGUACAGACAACGGCGGGAGAGGAACAACCUCGCCGUCCGCAAAAGCAGGGACAAAGCCAAAAUGCGCAACCUGGAGACCCAACACAAAGUGCUCGAACUCGCGGCCGAGAACGACCGGUUACAGAAGCGCGUGGAGCAGCUGUCGCGGGAGCUGGCGACUCUGCGGAACCUGCUCUCCGCCACCGGCCAGUGCUGACGGGACUCCCGCGGUGCUUACAGUGACUGUCAAUGACUUUAAAGAGUGCAGAAUUUACAACAAAAGUUUUCUGUGAUUCAUUUGAAAACGGGCGAUCGCUCGCUCGACGCGUUUACAGCUGAGAAAAACAACAUGAAAGUGGACUGUGCGUCUGGAUUGCGCAAUAUCACACCGUGUGCUCGGUAUAACUCUGGUAAUCCUGAAACCCUGUUAUGUAUUUCGUGUGGAAAGUAUUUUUGUACGGGUUUUAAAGUGAGCUAUCUACUGUUUAAUAUUCUGUUAUUUAAAUUCCUUUCCCCAUAUCUGGGGCAGUGGUUGUCAUGGGAAGAUUUGUACUGCAGAGGUAUGAUGCAACUCAUUGUAACAGUAUUGGAAACGCAGUGAAGAAGUCUUAUGAAAAAGAUAAAGGUACAACUGGUCUACUUGCUAUAUACUAUUUUAUUGAAUUAAAUGAUUUUUACUGUUCUGGAA